UGGUCUGUGUACGAUCAGCUAGGAGGUUUUCGGUCAAGCUUGCACUCAAUAGUGAAUAAUUGUUAAUAUUAAAAUUUGCAACGGGAUAAAUCGAAUCUUUCAUGAUGAGAGCUUUUGUUUUAGGAUCCGUUCUGCUGUUGGCUUCGGCCUGUUCCGCUUCGCAUUGGGGUCAUGACUCCCCAGCAACUCACUGGGAUCAUUACGCUUCAGGACAUAAUACAUGGCACGGACCACAGCACUACCCGGUCAUCGUGAAGGGUGUCCCAGUUGAAACCCCAGAGGUACAACACGCCAAAGCCGCUCAUACUGCUGCUCAUGCUAAGGUUGCGAAAUAUGACCAAUACACACCGAUUCAUGAGUCCACUAAUCAUCACGCCAAGAGUUUCUACAGCUCUCAACACGUGCCAGUGAUCAAGAAUGGAGUACCGGUCGAAACACCCGAAGUUCAACACGCCAAGGCCCUUCAUGCUGCAGCCCACGCCAAGGCAGCAAAGUACGACACAUACGCACCGGUUCAUGGGGAUUACUACGGCAGAAGCUAUGGCUUAUGGCACGAUUUUCCAGCAAUCAAGAAUGGAUUCCCAGUUGAAACACCGGAGGUUCAACAUGCCAAGGCUGCCCACUUUGCGGCUCAUCUGGAAGCAAAGGCACGACUUCACAAGCGCUCAGCUUACUCGGCACCACUGGUUCAUGUUCCACUUGACACACCGGAAGUAGCCGCUGCCAAGGCAGCCCAUUUUGCCGCCCAUGCUGCCGCCAAAACCGGUCAUGGUUCUCCAGCAGCUCAUUGGGAUCAUUACGCUCCCGAACAGAGGGCUUGGCAUGGACCUCUGCACUAUCCGGUUAUUGUCAAAGGUGUUCCAGUCGAGACCCCAGAAGUACAGCAUGCCAAGGCCACUCAUGCCGCUGCCUAUGCUAAGGUUGCAUCCACCGACCGAUACAUUCCGAUCCAUGAGGAUCAGUACGCCAGAAACUAUGACUCCUGGCAUGGGUCCCAAUACGUUCCGGUUGUGAUCAAGAAUGGAGUUCCCGUCGAGACGCCGGAGGUUCAGCAUGCCAAAGCUGUUUUCCUGAGGGCCCACGCCUCUGCCAGUGUCCAUUCGAGAUCCUACGGUCACGAUGACGAUGAUGGUUCCUACAAGCCCGAGUUGUAUGAUCGUGUCUACUGAACAGCCAAUGAUCCUCACCGUCCUUCGACUAUUAAUCAUCUUUUGAGUGCAAAAACGACUAACGCUGUCCCAAUGAAAGAAGAGUUUUUCCACAAAAAGAUAUUGUUUGUGGAAAUAGCUUCUGAAAUGAUGCUUCUCUGAAAUCAAAUACCAAUACAGAACU